UGGGAACCGCUGCUGUACGAUGAAAACUGUAGAACAUUUUUAUUUAGUAUUAUUAGGUUAAAAUAUACUAAUAGAUAUAGUAGAUAGCCGUUGAUUCCGUAUAUCUGUAAAAAAAAAAAAAAAAAAAAAAAAAAAAGGUUUGUGGAAAUAUUUGGAGAUGGUGUCCACUCUCUCCUCUUUUCAGACUCAGUUAGCGUCCAUCAUGGAAACACUCGUGCAGACAGCUGUGUUAGAGAUAGGCAAGCUCGUGGAUGUGGAGUGUGAGGUGUUGUUGUCGGAGGUCACCCGCAGCCGCAGUGAAAUCGGUGCUCUGAGGAAGAGACUGAGGCUGAUGGAGGUCCAGCUGUGGACGAGCACUGGACAAACACUCACACACAGUCUCACGUGUGUUAAGAGUGAAUGUGACACAGAGGAGAUGCACGAUCAUUUGAACAGGUGUAGAGGCCCAGCAGGAGACAUCCCAACAGUAAUUCAGCAAGACCAAGCAAGUUCUCUUCUUUAUGACAGUCCACAGCAGAAGUGUGAGGUAAACCAGCCAAGUAGUAUGGUAAAGCAGGAGCAACCGGAAGUAGAUGUUUGGAUUGUGCAAGACAACAGUGAAGCAAGAACCCAAUGUGGUGAAGCUGUGAGCCUGUCACCCAUCAAGGAUGCUCUCAAAACGGUUCCUUGUGUUGACAGAGGACAUCGAGAAAAUGCAACCACAAGAGUCCCAUCUAAAGCAGAUUCACCAAAAGUGAACAGAAACGCCUCACCUGGAACAAUCACAGUGAAGCAGACUGUGGCAAACAGUGAUCCAAACACUUCUAUAAGUCACACACAGAGUUUGAGUGCAUCACACUCCGCAAGAACAUCAAGUGCCUCCACUAUUUCAGGGGAUAUGCGUUUUGUUUGCUCCUACUGUUCAAAGAGGUUCAGGUGUUUUAGUCAACUUACAGUGCAUCAGCGGAGUCAUACAGGUGAGAAGCCAUACAGGUGCACGCUUUGUGGAAAGAGCUACAUUCAGAAAGGACACCUGUACACCCAUCAGCGCACCCAUACUGGAGAGAAGCCAUAUCGAUGUUCGCUCUGCGGAAAAGGCUUUAUUCAGAAAUGCACUCUAGACAUGCAUCUGCGAAGUCACACUGGAGAAAAACCCUACACUUGCAAAAAAUGUGGGAGAGGGUUCACCACCAAUUCAAUCUUAACAAACACUUAUCUUGUCAGACUUGCAACAACAUUAGUUAAUGACAGUGAGCUUGAGUAAAUGUGCUGAUAUCUGUUUCAAACUGCAUUGAUUUGCACUCCACGGAGAUCAUUUAAAACAAUUUACAGUUUGAUAAAGAUUGAUUCAUGUGGCAUCAGAUCAGCAUUAAAUGCAAAAUCAUGUCUGAAAACAGUGAAACUUUCUCUUUAUUUAUAUUUAUUCAUUGCAUUAAACACCAGCAUAUGUUCAUGU